CACCGUGAAGAUGAAGAUGAGGCCGCAGCUCUUCCUCGUGCUCAUGGCGGGGCUCUGUGUCACUUCUACGCCCCUGAAGAAGAGCGAGGACAAGAAGAAGCUGCUGCUGGUGUCCUUCGACGGCUUCAGGUGGGACUACGACCAGGACGUGGACACGCCAAACCUGGACCAGAUGGCUCUGGACGGGGUCAAGGCCAAAUACAUCACCCCCCCGAUGCUGACCAUGACCUCCCCGUCCCACUUCACCACCAUCACCGGCAGAUGGGUGGAGGACCAUGAAGUCGUCCACAACAUGAUGUUCAACACCACCACGAACCUGAAAGUUCCUCACAAACAGACCCUGAAGAGAUCCGAGUGGUGGGACAAUGGAGUGCUGCCGUUAUGGAUCACGGCCCAAAACCAGGGUUUGAAAACAGCUUCAGUUUUCUUCCCGGGGGGCGGAGCCUCUUAUAGAGGUCAAGCAGUCAACAGAGUUCUGGUUGCGGAGGUCGGUCAUCCUGAUGACAACGUGACUGAGUGGCGUCAGAACAUCGACAUGGUGAUGAGCUGGUUCUCACAAGAGGAUUUCCACCUGGUGACACUGUACUUCGGUGAACCCGAUAACGUGGGCCACGCCAAAGGGCCAGACCACCCAGACAGGAAGAAGAUCAUCCGGCAGAUUGAUGACAUCAUUGGUUACCUGAGAGAGGCCAUCGAUCGUCACAAUCUGGCCGACAGCCUAAAUGUCAUCAUCACCUCAGACCACGGCAUGACCACGGUCAAGAAGAGGCCGCAGGUGGACGAGAUCAUCCUCAACAAGUAUCUAAACCUCCUCAAACUUGCCAGCUUUGAGAUCCUCGACUACGGUGGGUUUGGUAUCCUGACUCCACGACCGGGUAAGGAGCAGGAGGUUGUUGACGCUCUGUCCAACGCACCAAAUCUGACGGUCUACAAGAAACACGAGAUUCCUGAGAGUUUCCACUUGGGCAAGAGUGAGCGUCUGCCUCCCAUCGUGGUCAUGGCCGACCUGGGGUUCAACUUGAAUUCUAGGCUCAUUGUCUAUGUGAACAAGGGCGAUCAUGGCUUCCAUAACGGGGAGAUGGACAUGAAGACCAUCUUCAGGGCUUUCGGACCGAGCUUCAAGAAGAACUUUGUGUCUGAGCCGUUCGACAGCAUCCACAUCUACCCUCUGAUGUGCAAACUGCUGCAGAUCCAACCAGAACCACACAACGGAUCUGUGGAUGCAACCAAAGACCUGCUGUGGUCAGGAGGAGAACCUCAGAGAGCCGGACUUUCUGUUGCCUUGCUGCUGUCGGUUCUGGUCUCUUCUCUGUGGUUCAGCUGAUCCAGGAUCAGCAGCAACAUGUCUGGAUGCAAAACUUCUGCCAACAGCUAAAC